UGGUAGGGAUAAAAAUGCUUGCUAUGGCAAAGCAGAAUUCCUCACUAAGGUGAGAUAUUACUGUUUAUUUGUUUCACCUGGACCGUGGACUCUGAAAUGUCAGAUUAUUUCAGAUGAUGCCAAGUGCCUGUGUUAUGAUGAUGAUAUUAAAUACAAAUGAAAAUGCAAUCUAGUAAAUGAACAAAUAUGUAUUUGCAUAUUUGUUUUUUAAACUGUUCCCACUUCUUCCUCAGCCUAUGUGCAAACAUCCUAAUAAGAAAUUAAUAUAGAAGGAGAAGUUUACAAACAGUAGUCGAAAAAAGCAAUGUAUUUUGAGGUCACUUUCGUUAUCUCAUUCUGAUGGUGAAAAACAUGUAUGUAAUUUCACAGAGAAAUUAUAUUACAGAAGGUUAAUUACGACUGUUUUAGGAAAAAUCAUUGUUAUUCUAGUAAUAAUAACAAUGUUUUGCAAAGAUAACACGAAACUAUCAGCAAAUUCUAACAUAAAAGAGAUUGUAGAAGCAGAAAUUGUAAAAGUAUUGGAAGAACAAGAUUAUACAUUAAAUACUGUGAAUUGUUAUGGAGACAAUUUGUUACAUAUCAGUGCAGCAAACGACUGUCAUAACAUUACGAAAGAAAUUUUACAGAAAGAAACCUCUUGCAGUAUGAUUGAUAGAAAAAAUAGAUUCGGAUGGACACCAUUAAUGAUAGCAAUUCGAAAUAGAGAUGUUAAAACAGUCAAAUAUCUUUUACAGAAAAAUGCUAACAUAAAUGAAUCAACUUAUCUUGGUAUGUCUGUCCUUGGAUUAGCAGCUGCAAUUGAUAAGGAUAUGUUUCAAACUGUAUACGAAGCAUGUCCGUCUGCAUUACAGAAUUGUAUGCACGAUGAUAUCACACCGCUUUGUGUAGCUGCUAUGAGAAAUGAUAAAGAUUUAUUUUUUCAAUUGUUAAGUUUAGGAUUUGAAAUUUCUAAAAUCAAUGAAUAUACGCAUGUCAUGAUGAAACUGUCAACAGUACCAGAAAUUCGAAAUUUAGCAGAAAGUGUUGAUGUAGAAGAUUAUUGGAAUGAUAUUUCAGAUAACAUACCUAUAGAAUUAGAAAGUGAUUCAGAUCAAAUUAAUAUUCAAAAGGAAUAUAAGAAAGAAAAUGAAGAUGAUAAUAUAGCGUCAUCCCUAAAUUCCUUUGUGAAAUAUAAAGUUACAUCACAUUCUUCAGAAAAGAAAAACGAUGAUUUUAACAGUAAUAUAAUAAUAGAUUCUAACCAGCGUUUAAAAAUGAAGCCUUCUAAAUUGAAUUUAGUAGCAAAGCAUUCGGAUCCUACUUCAUGUAGUAUAAUCUCACCAAGACUGACUUGUACUUUGGAUGAAAGCCUACCAGUAUCUCCAAAUAUCUAUUUCACUAAAAAUAAUGAUAGCAACAAAGUCAAUAUCAGUACAAUAAACAAGUGUGAAGCAUUAAUUGAAAAGGAAAAUGAAGAAUUAACACAGCACUCAAAUCUUGAUAAAUGUUUACCAGAACGACCAUUGCAGAGAUUACAGUCUAUUCGACCACCAGACUUGAAUAUACAAAAUGAUGAAGAGGAUCUUAAUAAAACUCUUAGUUUUAUUCCUGAAUUUAGUCCAGUUCGUUCACCGUAUGUACCUGCAGAUCUAAAGGACGAAAAUGUGUUUGGUGAAGAUACACCAACACCACCACAUUAUAAAACACCACCAAGAGGAAUGAUCUUGAAUUCAGAAGAAACAAAACUGUGUAUUUUAUUACAAUGUCAUGAAUUAGAUCAACAUAUUCCUAUAUUUCUUGAACAAGAAGUAGAUUUUGAGUUGUUCUUGUCUCUAACUGAUCAAGACUUAAUUGAAAUUGGUGUAAAGGAGAAGAAAGAAAGAGAAGCUAUAUUGGAUGUUAUAACGCAAUAUAGUUACUAUCAUUAAUUAACACUGUGUUAUAGAUUUCUUUAUAAAAUAUUUUACUAUUAUACACAAUACUGUAAGAAAAAGUUACUAUGAAAAUACAAAAAUAAAGAGAGGUUUAUUAUUUUCAAAUUAAAUUAAUUAAA